UUUUUUUUUGUUGUUGUUUGUUUGUUCGUCUGGUUGUUUUCUUUGUGCACUGAAAACACUUCACAAUCUGUAAGUGGAAGUGUCUCUUUUUUGAGUGUCUAGUGAAACAUAGACCUAAAUUUUUGUUUCAUUUGGUUUCUUUCUGUUUGAAUAACCAACUGCAUAGGCUAACAAUAGCGACACGCUAUUUCACUCGUACUGGUAAAAUGGAAGUGAAUAUGAAAUAUUUCUUUCUGUUAAUUGGGUUUUAUUUAAUUGACGAGUCUUGCUGUAUGAGUAUAGACGAACAUAUCAUCCAUGGCGCCACCAAGGCGGAAAUGUUGGACUUUUUCCACAUCAUGCCUUCAGGGGAGAUUAACAUCAUGGCAGAAUACGAUCUCGUCUUCUCGCUGGACCAGUACAGGGAAAUAUUUGAAAACGAAGGCGAUGACCGCACCAAGAGGAACGCUAACAAAAACCCAAGGCGUCUGUGGCCCAACGCCACGGUUUAUUUUGAAAUAUUGCCGACUCUGGCUUCUGCUAAAAACGUGAGUAUUGUCGCUGAAGCCAUUGCUGAGUGGGAGAGUGUCACGUGUUUGAGGUUUCUGCCAAAUACUACCAGCCGGCACCGUAUUUUGUUUAAAAAUGGCUCGAUGUGCUACUCCAGUGUCGGCAUGCAGAACUACGAGCAGCCGAUAAGUCUGAGCUCCUCUUGCUUGAGAAAAGGUGUCGUCAUCCACGAGAUCGGACACGCUAUUGGCUGGUUUCACGAGCACACGAGGUCGGACCGAGAUCAGUACAUAGCCUUUAAUGUGGACAAGAGACUUCAAGUCCAUUUCCAGCUAACAAAAAGAUCGGAGACUUACGGAAUUCCUUACGACUAUUUGAGCAUCAUGCAUUACGGCGGUAAAAUGUGGGGCAUUGUAACAAAGGACUCAAAGUACCAAGAACUCAUUGGCCAGCGGGACAGAUUAUCGUUCAAAGACAUAAAGCUGGCCAACUUAAUGUACCAGUGCAGUGAACUCGGUAAAUGCCCGAAAAAGUCUUGCCCAUUCAAUGGUUUUGUCCUUUCUAAGAGUUACAACGGCCAACCGAGCUGCCAAUGUUGGUGUGAAUCUCUUGAUGUCAACCAGCCGUUGGUUCUUUGUUCAUCUAUAGAUAAGGAGGCGCCCCAGCCGAUUCCGUUGUCUACUCCAUCUCUGGCUGACCUCCCUUGCCACGACUUGAGGUACGACUGCCUGGACAUGAAAUCCAGAGGACAAUGUAAGUUCCAGUUGGAGCUCAUGAUAGAGUUCUGUCCCUUGACUUGCGGCUUCUGUGGUAAGGGAAAGAACUUGUGCAUGGACUACGAGAAAUCUUGUAAGGUCUUGGCAGCGUCGGGCCGCUGCGCGGACAGUGGGCUCAAAGAAGUCAUGACGAUGCUGUGUCCAGCCUCGUGUGGUCUCUGUAAGGACAUGUCAGACCCUUGUACUAUUGUUCAAGAUAUGAUGGGCUCGUCACGUUCACCCGAAACAUCAUCAGCCUUUCAAUACAUCACGCCAUUAUUUAUUACUUUCUAUUUCGUUAUUGGUAAACUAAAACUAACAACUUUGUAAAGGAAACAUUUCAAGAACAAAUAUAUCCUGUCAUUCAUUUUAUUAAUGUAUGAUACACGUGCAAAGCCCAAGCUGUGUAGAUGCAAACUGUUCGUUCUUGCAUUCAAAGAUAUUUCAAUGGAUUUCUAAUGCAGCAGUCUAGUACGAGGCUCCAACAGAAAAUGGGAUCUCUUCCGAAGCAGGACGUUUCGGCGCAGUCGCUUUGGCGCGGCCGUUUUUUCACUUGACUGCUCCAACUGCCAUUUGAUUCUCUACCUAAUAGUAAAAUUCUUUUAUUGUCCUUUUCUCUCGAGUCAAACAAAAGAAAAAUCUCUUUCAUCUCAGGUGAAAUUAUAUAGUUCUGGUAUUCUAAUGGAAUAGUCAAAGUCAAAUAUGUCCAGAAGAUAGGGGGCGGGAUUGGUGUCGCAGGCAAUGACCAGUCAGAAGGAGAUGAUUCGCUUGACGCCAACAACAAGUGCUUAGUGCUAGUAUUGUCUUCAUUUGUUUGACUUUACCUACGCCAAGAGGAGAUGUGUCCCCCAAAUCACCUGUGCUAAUAUUAUAUGAUAUUACGUCAUUGUUUGUUGUUUAUGUUUUGUGCGAUAGCAAAAGGAUUGAACGGAAAUAAAAUGAUAGUUUUUCUAUGUCUACUUUGAUCAUCACAGUCUCAUUAUUAUUAUUACUACUAUCUAUUAAUGUCUACAGUAUGUUAAUGUUAUAUAUUUAUCUGUAGCAACAGAACAUGGUGUCAGAUUUCUCAAAAUAUAUAUUUUAAAAGUAUCUUUGCUUGUUCGGAUAUCAAACUGAUGUCAAUUCAUUUUUUUAAAAAUGUCUUUUGGAAAGAAAUUGAAGAAUAUCACUCAGCUUAGAAGAAAUCAUAUAUAGUUAAAGGGGAGGGGAAGCAUGUCAAUACUAUUCAGGAAUCUGACUUAUUAUAUAUUCAUGAAAUAUGCAAAACCUUUAUAAAAAAAUAAAAAGAAAUUCACUG